AUGGCACAGAAGCCUGAAAACCUCGACCCCAUUGGAACCAUCCUAGUCCAGGUCCAUGAAGAUCUUUAUCUAUUAAAGGAUAAAUUAACUAAAUUCCAACUUGAAGAAAAAAGAAAUAUUCCAGACAUUCGGAAUCUUGAAGCAGCAAUACAAAGGACUGAAAUGGGGUUAAAAAUUCACAUAGAGAAGUAUUUAAAUGUUGUAAACCAACAUGUGUUAACGACUCCUAUUACUGAUGAGGGCUUAUCUUCUCAGGCUUCCAAAUGGAUGCUUCCAACUGCACUUGAUCAGAAAACAUUUCUUUUCCCUGUGGAUUCUGAGGAUAAACUCUGGCAAACCCAAAAACAGCACAUCUCAGUUCCACGUACCUUUCCAAGAGCAAAGCGAAAGAUGGGAUUGAAUGUAAAAAUCAUGCAGGAUCCUGAAAACUCCCAACAUAGAGCUGCUGUCAGUGCAAAAUAUGGAAUCAGUUUGCCAUAUAUUAAUCAGAGAAAAGCUUGUUAGUUAAAAGUUUAAGCAGACAAGGAGAAAGCCCUAGUACUGGUUAUAUUUAUCCACUGAUGUUUAGCUCCAAUUAGACUUUAUAAUGAAACACAUUGAAAGAUCUACAGAAAAUUUGACAUUGAUUUAUUUUAUUUUAAAUAAAGAGGGUUUCUUAAAUGGCUUGAAACAUGUAGCUGUUAACAUGAAUUUUAAAAGAAAGAUUAUGAAUGCAUAACAAAACAGCCAAACAAAACAUUGCUUUGAAUUGCUACACAAAUAACUCUGAUUAUAACUGUUAUGACCUAGAAAAGAAUCAUAAAAACAUUUUUCUUUUUGGCAAGAUAUGAGUUGCUAUAGAAUUAUACCAGUUCUUUGGUCCCACUUUCCAAAUAAAUAAAUAAAUAUAUAAUGCAAUGUAAA